AUGUUGCAAACCCUUCACACCAUUAAGGAAGGCGAUCCGGCUGAAAUGACAGUAUCAGAUAAGCAGUUCACCAAAACGCCUGUUAGGACUGCUGCCAUGGCCAAUAGUUUGACCCUCGUUGUAGGUACAUGGGAAACAAUUCGCCCGAUGUCGACAUGUCGCAAAUUCCUGGGAACAGCCGUUCUCGAUGACCAUUUAUAUGCGGUAGGAGGGCAAGAUAAGUCCAACUGCCACCUGAAUUCGGCCGAAGUAUACGACCCAAGCACGAACGAAUGGACUGCUGUGGCAGACAUGAUCAAGGAACGAUCUGGUGUAAGCGAGCUGUUUGGCUAA